GUUAGGAAAUAAAGUAGCUAUGAAACCAACGCAUUUGAUUGUAGGUUCUGGUUUAUCUGGUUCAGUAAUCGCUGAAAGAAUCGCGAACGUUUGGAAUGAAAAUGUGCUGAUUAUUGAAAAGCGAGAUCACAUCGGUGGAAACUGUUACGACUACGUAGACGACGAAACUGGGAUUCGUAUAAGCAAAUAUGGACCUCAUUUGUUCCAUACAAAAGACGAGGGAGUUUGGAAGUACGUACAACGGUUCGACACUUGGACUCGCUGGGAGCAAAAGACACUGUCUGUAGUAGACGGGCAGUUUGUACCAGUGCCCGUUAACAUUACGACUGUGAAUCAACUGUGUGGGCAGAACAUUGAAAACGUGGAAGAGAUGGACGCCUGGCUGAGUACAGUGCAGUAUAAAGGACCAAUUGAAAACAGCGAGGAUAUGGCGGUGUCAAGAGUUGGUCGAGUUCUUUAUGAAAAAAUGUUCAAGCCGUAUACGAUCAAGCAAUGGAAUAAAACACCAGAGGAAUUAAACCCUAGUGUUUUAGCAAGGAUCCCGAUUCGAAGAGAUUUUGACACGAGGUAUUUUAACGAUAAAUAUCAAGCUUUGCCCGCAAACGGUUACACGCAUUUCUUUGAGCGCUUGCUAGAUGACCCUCGGAUCAAAGUACAAACAGGUGUGGAUUUUUUUAAAUACAAACUUCAAAAUGAUCUUAGUCAAUACAAAAGCGUGUUCUAUACUGGACCAAUUGACCAGUACUUUGAUGACGUCAAAUUGGAAAGGUUAGAAUACAGAAGCAUUGAUUUUCACAUCAAGAGGUACAAAGAUGUGAAUUAUUUCCAGCCUUGUUCUAUUGUAAAUUACCCUGAAGAUAAUGUGCCGUUUACAAGAAUGGUGGAAUACAAGCAUUUCCUUAACCAAUCAUCCAAGCAUACUGUUACAGUAAGCGAAACAUCGAAUGACCACGGGGACCCGUAUUAUCCAGUGCCGAACAAGAAAAACAUGGAUUUGUAUGAGCGCUACCGCCAGCUAGCAGUGAAAGAAGAAGAGGGAAAAAAUGUUCAUUUCGUCGGAAGGCUGGCCAACUAUAAGUACAUGAACAUGGACCAAGCUAUUAGAAAUGCAUUAGAUUUCUUUGAUCGAAUCAACGACAAAGUAGAAAAGGAUUAAAGCUACUGUGCAACUCAUAAACGUGAAACCAUAUAUAGUAGGGUGGGGGAGAUUGGACACCUUUUCAUUCUAUUUUAUUGUCCUGUUUGGUAUAGUAGGGUGGGGAAGAAGGAACACCUUUUCGUUCUAUUUUUCCGUCUCUUUUGGUAGUAAACAAAGAACAUUCAAAGAAUUCUAAAACUGUAUCCUCAUAACUGCCAUAGAUCGUGGUUAAUCGUUUAAAACACGAUCAGCAUAUUUGGAUAUUAUGUGCUAAUUGUGUCCCGUCUUACCCCACCCUACUAUAAAUAGAAUAAUAUAGGUCCCUUUACAUCGAAACAUUUUUUAACAAUUAUGCGUUAAUAUUAGGCAAGAAAGUGAAUCAAAAUCAGCUAAGCGUUAAUGGGUUAAAAAAUGCACGAUUUUUAAUUCAAAAUAAACCUUCUCUGGUUUACAUUCGCAAAUAUUUUGUGCUAAGCAGAGUCCGUAUAUAAACAUAUAUAUACUGACUCUGAUUUUAAACUAUGUAACAAAGCCAUAUUUCUCUGUUUCAUGUUUUACUGUUGUAUUUGAUCAUAGUGUUAUUAUUAGAAAUGGUGGCCUGCAUUAAUACUACUACUACCCUAAAACUUGUACUGAAUAUAUAUUGCCUUUGAGAUCAAUACAUGGUGCGCGCAUACAACAUAACGAGAAUGCAAUAAAGAAUAAUAAACAGAAAUACCUUUA